CCCGCAGCUAUAUUAGUAAGCAAGCGCUGCAGAAGUUGAGGCUGGGACUUAAGGUCCAGAAACUGACAGACCCCAUAGUUAGUAUCCUCGCGGACAAUCGUACCAUGGUUGUAGAGGAUUACGUAGAGGGAGUUCAGGCGUAUUUCCGCCUAGAGAAAGAUGGGAAGAUGGAGAAGGCCCUCCACUCCCUGACUCUCCUCGUAGAGGACAGCCUCCCGUUUGAUAUAGUACUGGGAAUGGAUUGGGGAGAGGCAGCCGGGGCAACGCUCCAUCUGAAGGAGCACGAGUUUAGACUCCCUAUUUUUGCAGGCGAGGCUAAGACUGCCCGCCUGUUUCAUGUGUUAGGAGUAGAGAAUUCCUUGGCACAUUGCUGCCUUAGUGCCCUUGCGUUCGCCAGAUUGGUGAAGAAGGAGAAAUUAGAGGAACAGGUUUUUGUUGCCUAUGUUAGGCCCGUCACUGAGCCUCCGGAAGAGAAGCCGAUGGACCCUGCGAUUGCCAAGCUGCUGGAGGAGUUUAAGGAUUUGACUGAGCCGCCGACAGGCAUGGUGCCGCGGCCCAUCCAACAUCGUAUCGAGAUAGAGCCUGGCAGUAGAACUCCUAAGGGUGCUGUGUAUAGGAUGUCCCCGCGGGAGUUAGAGGAGCUUCGCAAGCAAUUAGACGAGCUCCUCAAGAAGGGUUGGAUUAGGCCCAGUUCGUCUCCUUUUGGAGCGCCUGUUCUCUUUGUUCCUAAGAAAGAGGGAGAGCUGAGAAUGUGCAUAGACUAUAGGGGUCUGAAUGCUAUUACAGUAAAGAAUGCUGAGCCACUGCCWAGGAUMGACRAUCUYUUAGAUCGAGUGSARGGGGCHAAGUAYUUCUCUAAGAUAGACUUAAAGUCCGGAUAUCAUCAGAUAGAGGUACAYCCUGAUGAUCAGUAUAAGACAGCCUUCCGGACUAGGUACGGGCAUUAUGAGUUUAUAGUGAUGCCCUUUGGACUAACCAAUGCGCCAGCAACUUUUCAGCGGUGUAUGAAUGAUUUAUUUAGGCCGUGGUUAGACAAAUUCGUUGUAGUUUAUCUAGAUGACAUCCUAGUGUUUAGCCGAACCCUCGAAGAGCAUCGGGGUCAUCUCAGGCAAGUCUUGGAGAAGCUGAGAGAAGCUAACUUCAAGAUCAAUGCAAAGAAGUGCGAUUGGGCGAAGACCCAAGUUUUGUAUCUAGGCCACGUCUUAGACGGAGACGGCGUUAAGCGUGAAGAUAGCAAGAUCGCAGCGAUUAGAGAUUGGCCCACGCCACGUACGCUGACAGAGUUGCGCUCGUUCCUGGGCUUAGCGAAUUACUACAGGAAGUUCGUAAGGAACGUCUCCACCAUCGUUGCGCCCCUUCGCAGAUUGCUGAGAAAAGAGACAAUCUGGAAGUGGGACAAGGACUGCAUGUCCGAUAUGAAGAAGCUAAAGCAGGCGUUGAUAGAGUAUCCGGUCCUUAAGGUCGCCGAUCCGUCCUUGCCUUUUGUUGUUACUACGGAUGCUAGCCAGUACGACAUAGGCACAGUGUUACAGCAAGACGAUGGCAAUGGCUAUAGACCCGUAGAGUUCAUGUCCGCUAGGAUGCCUUCAGAGAAGGUUGCGGCAUCUAUCUAUGAGAGGGAACUCUACGCUCUCAGGCAAGCAUUAGACCACUGGAAGCACUACUUGCUUGGGAGGCACUUCAAAGUCUAUUCGGACCAUGAAACGUUACAGUGGUUAAAGACCCAGGCCAAGAUGACACCUAAGCUUACUAGGUGGGCCGCAGAGAUAGAUCAGUACGACUUCGAGCUCAAGCAUGUCAAAGGGAAGUACAACGUAGUCGCGGAUGCUCUGAGUAGAAGAGCAGAUUACUUUGGGGCAAUAGUACAUUACCUCGAUAUAGGAAAGGAUCUGCAGCAGAAGGUUAGAGAAGCCUACGCGCAGGACCCUAUUUAUAGUGAGCUCCUCACGCGAGUCAAGGAGGCCCCAGAGACCGAGCCGAACUACCGCACUACUGGAGGGUUACUCUUCGAGAAGAGUAAUGUCUUUGACCGAUUGUGCAUCCCCAAUAGCGAAGAGAUUUGUAGUCUGAUUAUGGGGGAAUGUCACGACACAGAGGGUCAUUUCGGUUGGCAAAAGACUUUGGCCAAUCUGAUGCGCACGUAUACCUGGCCAGGGAUGAAGAAUGACUGCGUAGAGUAUGUUCGCAGUUGCAAAUUCUGCCAGCGUAAUAAGAGUUCUACGCGCUCCCCACUAGGUGUUCUCAGACCCUUGCCCAUUACGGAUCAGCCGGGAGACUCAGUGUCAAUAGAUUUCAUGGACACUCAAGUCAAGAGCAGGCAUGGCAAGAGCCAAGUCAUGGUCAUAGUUGACCGCUUUAGCAAGUACGCAGUUUUUGUUCCUUUGCCUUCUGAGGCGCGUACUGAUUUAGUCAUACAGAGGUUCUUUGACUGUUAGGUUAGUGAGAACGGAAUCCCGCUGUCUAUAGUUAGCGAUAGAGAUAGUCGCUUUACUAGCCAGA